GAUGGCUGCAGAGGAGGGGGCUGGGAGUGCUGCUUCGGCUGGCUGUAGUAGCUGCCCCGCGGCCAUGGAGCGGGUUCUACCCAUGCUUUUGGUGUCGGUUCCCGCCGAGGCGACGGGGAAGCUGGGAUCCCGGGCGCAGCUGCACAGACAGCAGGAGGCUCUGGGGAGCCUGACGGCUGAGGGCUGCCUCCGAGUGAUUUCCUUGACGCCUGGGGGCCGAGGCGGCGGUGGCUGCUGCCUCGAGGGCCCCUUCCAGCAGUUUAUAUGGGAGGAGUCUCAUAACAGCACACCAACUGACAAGCCCAGAUUACUUGCUCUUGGUGAAAACUAUGAACUGUUCAUCUACGAGUUUAAUUUGAAAGAUGGACAAUGUGAUGCAACCAUUUUAUAUAGCUAUAGUGGGAAGACAUUGCAAAAGCUCAUUGAAGAUCAGGACAUCAGUAUUUCCUUAUUGUCUUUGAGAAUUCUGUCAUUUCACAAUAACACGUCCUUAUUGUUCAUCAACAAAUGUGUUGUCCUACACAUUAUUUUUCCUGAAAGAGAUGCGGAAAUUAGACUACUCAACUGUUUCAUACUACCCUUGCCUGCACAGUCAGUGGACAUGAUUGUUGAUGCACAGCUCUGCAGAGGAAUUCUUUUUGUUUUGAGUUGCUUAGGCUGGAUCUACAUUUUUGACGUCGUGGAUGGUACACAUGUAGCUCAUGUGGAUUUAGUACUUCACCAGGAAGACAUAUGUAAUGAGCAGCAGCAGGAACCAGCCAAGAUUUCUUCCUUUACUUCAUUAAAAGUGUCUCAAGACCUAGAUGUCAUGGUGAUUGUUAGCUCCUCCAACUCUGCAAUUGCUCUUAACUUAGAUUUGUAUUUCAGACAAUACCCAGGACACUUACUGUUUAAAAGAAUGCUAGAAGACCUUUCAAUUCAAGGACCUAAGGGAAUAGAUGAAGAUGAUCCUGUUAACUCUGACUACAACAUGAAACUGACCAAGUUUUCCUUCCAGGUUGAUAGGUCUUGGAAAGCACAGCUGUCAUCAUUAAAUGAAACAAUAAAGAGCUCCAAACUGGAGGCGUCCUGUUGUGCUCCAUGGUUCCAGGAUAUUUUGCAUUUGGAGUCCCCUGAAUCUGGUAACUACAGUAUUAGUGUGCCAAACUGGGUUUUCAUUCCCCAGGACGUAAUGCAUAGGGAAUAUAAUUUUCAACAAAAAGAUCAUGCCAAGACCAGUGAUCCAAGAAGAUCAUGGGAAAUAAUGCACAUCAAUGAACAAGAGGAACCCAUUGAGUUUAAAUGUAUGUCUGUGACAGGAUUCACAGUACUGUUUACUUUGACAAUGGAAAGGACAGGCUGUACCAUUGUCCUCUGGGAUUUGGAGACCCAGGGCAUGCAGUGUUUUUCUCUUGGCAAAAAGUGUAUUCCUGUGGACAGUAGUGCAGACCAGCAACUGUGCCUUGUUUUGACAGAAAAUGGGCUCGCUCUGAUUUUGUUUGGUUUGACUCAAGAGGAGUUUUUAAACAGGCUAAUGAUCCAUGGAAGUGCCAGUACUGUGGACUCUCUCUGUCACCUCAAUGGUUGGGGGAGGUGUUCAAUUCCCAUACAUGCACUAGAGGCUGGGAUAGAAAAUCGUCAGCUGGACACAGUAGAUUUCUUUUUGAAGAGCAAGGAAAAUCUUUUUAAUUCAUCCUCAAAAUCUCCUGUACCUGAUGUGUUUGAUCACUUCUCAUCUCAUUUAUAUUUAAGAAAUGUGGAAGAGCUGACCCCAGCAUUGGAUUUACUUUGCUCAGCAAUUAGAGAGAGUGACUCUGAAACCCAAAGCAAGCACUUUUCAGAACAAUUGCUUACUCUUACACUGUCUUUCCUUAACAAACAAAUAAAGGAGCUUUUUAUUCACACUGAAGAGCUAGAUGAACAUCUGCAGAAAGGAGUGAACAUUUUGACCAGCUACAUUAAUGAACUUCGAACUUUCAUGAUAAAGUUUCCUUGGAAGUUAACAGAUGCUGUAGAUGAAUAUGAUGUAAAUGAAAAUAUCCCCAAAGGAAAGGAGAGUGAUAUGUGGGAGAAACUCAGCACUGAGGAAGUUAUUGCCAAUGCCAUUUUAAACAACAAAAUACCAGAGGCACAAACUUUCUUCAGGAUUAACAGUCAUUCUGCUCAAAGACUCGAGGAGGUGAUCAGAAUAGGCCUAGAUUUGGUCUUUGACAAUUUAAAAAAGAAAAAUAUAAAGGAAGCCUCCGAAUUUUUGAAAAAUAUGGCCUUUGAUGUAAAAGACCAGUUGCUCAAAAUAUGUGUCUAUACAACUGAUAAAAACAUACGGGACUUUUUGGUUGAAAUUUUAAAAGAAAAAAGUUAUUUUUCUGAGAAAGAAAAAAGAACUAUAGACUUCGUGCAUCAAGUUGAGAAGUUGUAUUUGGAACAUUUCCCGGAAAACAUGCAGAUCCAGGCCUUUCCCAGGUAUUUGGUAAAGGAACAAGAUUUUUUCAAGCACAGAUGUGUUUUGGAUUCAUUCCUGAAAUAUGAUUGUAAAGAUGAAUUUAACAAACAGGACCAUAGAAUUGUGUUAAAUUGGGCUCUGUGGUGGGAUCAACUAACACAAGACCUCAUCCUUCUACCCAAGAUAAGUCCAGAAGAAUACAAGUCAUACUCUCCUGAAGCCCUCUGGAGGUUCCUCACGGCUCGCCAUGAUUGGUUAAACAUUACCUUAUGGAUUGGAGAAUUUCAGACCCAGGAUUAUGCUUCACUUCAACAGAACAAGUGGCCUCCUCUGAGUGUUGAUAUUAUUAGUCAGAAUACUUGCUGCAACAACUAUAUGAGGAAUGAAAUUUUAGAUAAGCUGGCCAGGAAUGGGAUUUUUCUUGUGUCUGAGUUAGAAGACUUUGAAUGCUUCCUCCUAAGACUGAGCCGUAUUGGGGGUGUGAUGCAAGAUACCCUCCCUAUUCAAAAGUACAAGAGCAAAGAAGGUUGGGAUUUCCAUUCUCGCUUCAUUCUGUAUUGUUUAGAACACAGUCUGCAGCAUCUUCUUUAUGUCUAUCUCGAUUGUUACAGACUUAGUCCUGAAAAUUGUCCCCUUUUGGGAAAAAAAGAGUUACACGAAGUGCACCCUUGGUUUGAAUUUUUAGUUCAGUGUCGACAAGUUUCUGGUAAUUUAACAGAUCCCAAACUGAUCUUUCACGCUAGCCUUGCAAAUGCUCAGAUUUUGAUCCCCACCAAUCAGGCCAGUGUAAGCAGUAUGCUGUUGGAAGGACAUACCCUCCUGGCCCUUGCUACUACAAUGUAUGCUCCUGGGGGUGUCAGCCAGGUUGUUCAGAAUGAAGAAAAUGAGAACUGUUUGAAGAAAGUGGAUCCCCAGCUGCUGAAGAUGGCGUUAACUCCUUACCCCAAGCUAAAAAGUGCUCUCUUCCCACAGUGCACUGCUCCGAAUGUCCUACCACCUGACAUUACACUCUACCACCUUAUUCAGUCAUUAUCGCCCUUUGAUCCUAGCAGAUUGUUUGGCUGGCAGUCCGCCAACACACUAGCCAUAGGAGAUGCAUUGAGUCAUCUCCCACAUUUCUCUAGCCCUGACCUAAUUAAUAAAUAUGCUAUAGUGGAACGUCUGAAUUUUGCUUAUUAUCUACAUCAUGGACGGCCAUCAUUUGCAUUCGGUACUUUUCUAGUCCAGGAAUUAACCAAGAGCAAGACUCCCAAGCAGCUGAUCCAGCAAGUAGGCAAUGAAGCCUAUGUUUUAGGGCUCUCCUCUUUCCAUAUACCUUCAGUAGGAGCUGCCUGUGUCUGUUUCUUAGAAUUGCUUGGCCUUGACAGCCUCAAGCUCAGAGUUGAUAUGAAAGUGGCCAAUAUAAUUUUGAGCUACAAGUGUAGAAAUGAAGAUGCUCAAUACAGCUUUGUCAGAGAGUCUUUAGCUGAAAAACUGCCCAAACUGGCUGAUGAUGAAAAGGCAACAAUAGAAGAAUUGCUCAUUCUCUUAGAAGAAGGUGUAUGGAAUAGCAUCCAGCAGCAAGAAAUAAAGAGGUUAUCCAGUGAAUCUAGCAGCCAGUGGGCCUUAGUGGUACAGUUCUGCAGGCUCCAUAAAAUGAAACUGAGCAUGUCUUACCUUCAAGAAUGUGCUAAAGCAAAUGAUUGGCUGCAGUUUGUUAUUCACAGCCAACUCCAUAACUACCACCCGGAGGAGGUGAAAUCCCUUAUCAAAUACUUCAGCCCUGUCCUGCAAGACCACUUAAGACUGGCUUUUGAGAACUUGUCUUCAGUAUCCACCUCCAAAAUGGACAGUGAUCAAGUCUGCAACAAGUUGCCCCAAGAAUUCCAAAGGAACAAUGAAGACAUGACAGAUUUAUUUGAAAUUCUACUCUGGUGCUCAGAGGAGCCAGAUUCCUGGCACUGGCUCCUGGCUGAGGCAGUGAAACAACAGGCCCCUGUCCUCAGUGUCUUGGCCUCAUGUCUCCAGGAUGCCAGUGCUGUUCCUUGUCUCUGUGUUUGGAUUGUUACUUCUGUGGAAGACAAUGUUGCAGCUGAAGCAAUGGAACACAUUCAGGGCUCAACAGAGGCCCAUACCUGGGACCUUGAGGACCUUUCAAUCAUCUGGAGAACAUUAUUAAUAAGGCAGAAGAGCAAGACUCUCACCAGAGGUUUCCAGCUUUUCUUUAAGACCAACUCCCAUGGAAGCAAUAAAAUGUAUGGUCAAUGCCACAGGCAACAAACAAGUAAGGAUUCCCCGCUGCUAUUAAUGAUGGAGAUGUAUGAACUAUGUAUGUUCUUCAAGAAUUAUACGGAAGCCAAAGCUAAACUUCUGGAGUUCCAGAAAAGCCUUGAAACUUUUGAUAUGGCAAGCACAGGGGUACACCCCGUGAUCCCUGCUACAUGGCUAAAGGAUCAGGUGUGUUUCCUUUUGAAGUUCAUGCUACAGCAGUGUAAGACCCAGUAUGAGUUGGGAAAACUUUUACAGCUGUUUGUUGGAAUAGAGCAUCUCUUCUCUGAAGGUCUAGAUGUGAAGAAGCUUUGUCUCCUUAGCCAAAUUUUGAAGGAUACAUCUAUAGCCAUUAAUCAUGUAAUUAUUACCAGCUAUAGCAUGGAGAAUUUUCAGCAUGAAUGUAGAUCUGUUUUGGAAAGACUACAGACAGAUGGACAAUUUGCUUUGGCCAGGAGGGUAGCGGAAUUAGCUGAGUUACCUGUGGACAACUUGGUUAUUGAAGAGAUAACACAGGAAAUGCAGACUCUAAAACACAUUGAGCAAUGGUCCCUGAAACAAGCAAGAAUUGACUUCUGGAAAAGAUGCCAUGAGAAUUUUAAGAAAAAUUGCAUUUCAAGCAAAGCAGCUUCUUCCUUUUUCUCAGCCCAGGCCCUUGUGGCAUGUGACUCCCCAACUGGAAGGAGCAGCAUUGAGGAGCGCCAUCUACUGUUUACGCUGUCAGGACACUGGCUUGCCCAGGAGGACGUGGUGCCCUUGGACAAGCUGGAAGAGCUGGAGAAGCAGAUCUGGCUCUGCCGCAUCACCCAGCACACCCUUGGAGGAAACCAGGAGGAAAUGGAGCCCAGGUUUUCUCAGCAGAUCUCAGCUAGUGGUGAACUUUCCUUUGAUAGUUUAGCCAAUGAGUUUUCAUUCUCCAAGUUUGCUGCUCUGAACACAUCAAAAUAUUUUGAACUUAAUGGACUUCCAUCCAAAGAGACAUGUGAGAAUAGCCUGGAUCAGAAGGAACAGGAGUCACUAAACUUUUUGAUUGGACGCCUGUUGGAUGAUGACUGUGUGCAUGAAGCCAGUAGAGUAUGCCAGUAUUUUCAUUUUUAUAACCAAGAUGUUGCCUUGGUGUUGCACUGCAGAGCACUGGCCUCAGGAGAAGCUAGCAUGAAUGACCUGCACCCAGAGAUCCGUGCUCUCCUGCAAAGUGCUGAGCUGCUUGAGGAAGAAGAGGAGCCCAGCAUUCCCCUAGGGAAAGUCCAAAGCACUUCGAGUCUGGAUAGUCAGUCAUUUGUGGUGGUACCCUCUGGUGAUGCAGUGGUGACUAAUCUGCAAACUCUGAUGAGCAGAUGUCUCCAUGGGAAGAACUACUGCCGGCAGGUGCUCUGUCUGUAUGAACUUGCUAAGGAGUUGGGCUGUUCCUACGCAGAUGUUGCUGCCCAGGAUGGUGAAGCCAUGCUCCAGGCAAUCUUGGCCUCUAAGCAGCCUGACCGAUGCAAACGAGCCCAGGCCUUCAUCAGCACCCAAGGCCUCAAGCCAGAUACUGUAGCUGAACUUGUGGCUGAAGAGGUGACCCGGGAGCUGCUGGCCCCAUCAGAGGGAACAGGACAUAAACAGACAUUUAGCCCAGCAGAGGAAAGCCAGAUGUUUCUUCAGCUAACCACUCUGUGUCAAGACCGUACUUUGGUAGGCAUGAAGUUGUUGGACAAGAUUUCCUCCGUUCCCCAUGGAGAAUUGUCUUGCACCACAGAACUCUUGAUCCUGGCCCAUCACUGCUUCACCCUGACAUGCCACAUGGAGGGCAUCAUGCGAGUCCUACAGGCCGCCCAGAUGCUCACAGAUAACCACUUGGCCCCCAAUGAGGAGUAUGGACUAGUGGUACGUCUCCUCACUGGCAUUGGAAGAUAUAACGAGAUGACAUACAUAUUUGAUUUGCUGCAUAAAAAGCACUACUUUGAAGUGCUGAUGAGAAAGAAGUUGGAUCCGAGUGGUACCCUAAAGACAGCCCUGUUGGAUUACAUCAAACGCUGCCACCCUGGGGACAGUGAGAAGCACAAUAUGAUUGCCCUGUGCUUUAGCAUGUGCCGGGAGAUUGGAGAGAACCAUGAGGCAGCUGCCUGCAUCCAACUGAAACUGAUUGAUUCUCAGUCCUGGGAGGACAGCCUCAAGGAUGUGUACCAGCUGAAGCAGCUGCUGCUGAAGGCCCUGACUCUGAUGCUGGAUGCAGCAGAAAGUUAUGCCAAGGAUUCCUGUGUGCGACAGGCCUUGCACUGUCACCGGCUCACCAAGUUGAUAACUCUACAGAUUCACUUUUUGAACACUGGCCAGAACACGAUGCUUAUCAACUUGGGCCGCCACAGGGUAAUGGACUGUAUUGUAACCCUACCUCGGUUUUACCAGGCUUCUAUUGUGGCUGAAGCCUAUGAUUUUGUUCCAGAUUGGGCUGAAAUUCUAUACCAGCAUGUGAUUCUUAAAGGAGACUUUAAUUACUUGGAAGAAUUUAAGCAGCAAAGGUUAUUAAGGCCCAAUAUAUUUGAAGAGAUUUCCAAAAAAUAUAAACAACAUCAGCCAACUGAGAUGGUCAUGGAAAACCUCAAGAAAUUACUCACCUAUUGUGAAGAUAUCUACCUGUAUUACACGUUGGCAUAUGAACACAAAUUUUAUGAAAUUGUAAAUGUGCUUCUGAAAGACCCUCAGACAGGUUGCUGUCUAAAGGACAUGCUAGCAGGUUAGAUGAUUUCAUAGGUGCCUGUUUUCUUGUACUGAUAGGAGGUUCUCUAGCAAAUGUCUAUGAUCAGAGUAGAAUAAACAUUGGGAUGUUUGUUGCUCAAGUUAAACCCAAGACUGUACCUUAUUAUUCCUUUAAGGGUAGUGCCUUAAGAAUGAGAAACUUUUCAAAAGCCAGUCCUAUUUAAAAGUAACUGUUCAUUUAUCCUAAGUUCAAUAUUAAGAUCAAAAGCUUCCUCAAGAUGGCUUCUACUUUAAGGUAACAAAGUAAUGAUUAAAGAAUACCUGUGCCUGCAGACUCCAGUUUCAAAGAAAUUUAAUAUAUUUACACAUUAUAUUAAGGAAUAGGUUAUACAUUAUCAUUUGUUAGAAACUGAUCUUUCUGUAUUAAAAUAGAUUUUAAA